GACUAAGAAGUGACAUUUAAAUCUUCCUCCUAUCCCUGUUAUCUGAUUUGCAGGAACCCAAGACUUAAGCAACCAUGUCCAGCUCAGGCGAGGCAGAGCUCCUGCACACAUUUAAGGGCAUUCCCUUUACCACCAGGUCUUCUCCAGAGCUUUUAAAAUCCUUAGAUACUUUUGAUGCUAGAGAAGAUGAUGUCCUUUUGGUUUCCUAUCCCAAAUCUGGCACUCACUGGCUUGCAGGAGUUAUAACAAAGCUUUACGACACUCAAGUCACAGUAACAUCUCCCAUUGAACUUGGAGACAUUUCCCGACUGGAGGAGCUGAAUAAACUCUCAUCAAAGAGAAUCAUCCCAACACACUUAGACUACAACAUGUUGCCUCCAAAUUUUAAGAAUAAGAAAUGCAAGAUGAUCUACAUCAGCAGAAAUCCAAAAGACACUGCAGUUUCCAUGUUUCAUUACUACAAAGAUAACCCAAACCUUCCCACUGUAGACAGCUGGACUGCUUUCUUUGACCUGUUCUUAAAAGGCAAUGUUGUCUGUGGAUCCUGGUUUGAUCAUUUCCUAAGCUGGGAAGAACAUGAAGAUGAGAAAAAUAUCCUCUUUUUGUUCUAUGAAGACAUGAAGAAGGAUCUCCCUAAGGUAGUAAAGGAAAUUACUCUGUUCCUGAAUUUAAAUGUCAGUGAUGAUGAUAUCCAAGACAUCUGCAAGAAGUCCUCAUUCUCAGAGAUGAAGAAUGACACAGAGAAGGAGAACAGUGACCCCAGUCACACCGUGUGUGCUCUGACAUCCAACAGGAAGCUGAUUUUCCGAAAAGGUGCUGUUGGUGAUUGGAAGAACUACUUCACUCCAAAGCAGAAUAUUAGGUUUCAGGAGAUAUUUAAUGAGAAAAUGAAACUCAGCAAGAUGGCAACCAGUUUCAUCUAUGAGUACUGAGUCCCUGUGAAGAACAAUAUCCAGUUAUCAACAAACAUGCACAAAACAGUUGGUGGGAAGUUCUGAAUGGGUGUUCCCAUGAGUUUAUAAUUCUUCCAGUAGGAAGGAUGGGUAAACAUGGGUUCUUGAGAACAGAUAAGUCCUGACACAGUGCCAGAGCUGAACUCAGUUCUCAGAGGGCAGGUGUACGUGGUUUCAGAGUCAGGUGUCAGACCUUGGUUUGACAACCAAAUCUACUUUGUCAUUUAUUUAUUUUCUUUGCUCCAAGGGGAUAUAAACAGACUUCGUAAACCUGAAUAAAGAAUUUUACCCAAGAUAAUAUGAAGAGAAAAACAAAUGACAAACUUGCAAGAAACUGAAUGUAUAAGAAAUCUAAAAACACAUCAUAAGAAAAUUACCAAAAAUUUGACCCCAGACUUGCUCCUUCUGUAAUAGACCAUGAUUUGGAAGUGCCUAUCUUAUUGGACAUUGCUAUUGAUAAUUAAGUUGAAAACUGCAGCAUUUGAAGAUCUGAAGUUUGUUUACAAAAGUGUUUCUUUUUUUCCUUUUCUUUUCUAACACUAUAUAGUUCUUUGAUGUAACUUAUUUCUGGAUUAGGUACCAGAGAGUCAUUGUGUUUAAAAUGCAACUGAUACAAAUCCAAAUAAAUUUCAGCGCCACAUGUUGAGCAACCGUAAAUGUGUUUAUUUUCCAUGUGAUUUUCUUCCUGCAAAAUUCCUGUUUCCAGUGUUUUGAUGAGAAGUAUUUUACUUCCCACUCCUUGAGCAACAAAACCAAACCACAGCUCAGAGACAGCUUAAUCCAAACAGCACUUAUUUAUUUACUCUGCCCUGAUAAACAGAUUUUCCAAGAAUCAGCUGUCUGUGUCCACAUCUCAGGGAGUGUUCUACCAAGCCACACGGCUUCAAGGCAGAACACAGUUCCUGUGUGUGAGAGAAGCUCCUCUCCUGGGUGUGUUGUUUCUGAGGUACAGAAACAACCUUGAUUCAUCAACACUCAUCUCCCUCCAGCCACACACUUCACACUUGCCAGGCAGCCACUUC